AUGAAAUCCAUGGACAAUCAAGUUGUACAGGAAGAACUAGGAUGCCAAGAUGAUGAGGAAUCCUUUUUCCAGGACAUUGAUCUGUUACAGAAGCAAGGCAUUAAUGUGGCUGACAUUAAAAAGCUGAAAUCAGUGGGAAUUUGUACAAUCAAAGGAAUUCAGAUGACAACACGGCGAGCGCUAUGCAAUGUGAAAGGACUCUCAGAGGCCAAAGUGGAGAAGAUAAAAGAGGCAGCCAACAAGCUUAUAGAACCAGGAUUUUUAACAGCUUUUGAGUAUAGUGAGAAGCGGAAGAUGGUAUUCCAUAUCCCCACUGGAAGUCAGGAAUUUGAUAAACUCCUGGGUGGUGGGAUUGAAAGCAUGGCAAUCACAGAAGCCUUUGGAGAAUUCCGAACUGGCAAAACUCAACUUGCCCAUACUCUUUGUGUGACAGCCCAACUUCCAGGAACAGAUGGCUGCUACACUGGUGGGAAGAUUAUUUUCAUUGACACAGAAAACACCUUUCGUCCAGACCGUCUUCGUGACAUUGCUGAUCGCUUCAAUGCAGACCAUGAUGCAGUUCUUGACAAUGUACUGUAUGCACGGGCAUAUACUAGUGAGCAUCAGAUGGAAUUACUUGAUUACGUUGCUGCCAAAUUUCAUGAGGAACCCGGCAUCUUCAAAUUACUGAUAAUAGAUUCCGUUAUGGCGCUGUUCCGUGUAGACUUCAGUGGUCGUGGGGAACUGGCUGAAAGGCAACAGAAACUUGCUCAGAUGUUGUCAAGGCUUCAAAAAAUAUCAGAAGAAUAUAAUGUAGCUGUGUUUAUUACCAACCAAAUGACUGCUGACCCAGGUGCAACUAUGACCUUUCAGGCAGACCCCAAGAAACCCAUUGGAGGCCACAUCCUUGCUCAUGCUUCUACAACAAGGAUUAGUCUGCGUAAGGGAAGAGGAGAAUUGCGUAUUGCCAAGAUAUACGAUAGCCCUGAAAUGCCUGAAAAUGAAGCCACCUUUGCAAUAACCACUGGAGGAAUUGGAGAUGCCAAAGAGUAGGCAGAGCAUGGCAGUGAACAACUGACACACUUCCACUCGGACAACUGUAUCUGGUUCCUCAAUUCCUGGUUACUUGUGUUCAUCGGCCCAAAUUCAGAAAAUUCAGAACUGAGGUUUGUUAACAUGAUUACUGAGAAUGUUGUGAUCCUUUGAAAUAGCUGAGUACGUUCGCUUUGUGCAGGUGGUAAGCCUGCCAUGUGCAGCCUCUGCCA